UGAAGUUUUUAUUAACUACUUUUAACUAUUUUAUUAAAACAUUUGUAAUUAUUUUAGAACUAAGUCAACAAUCAAAUAAGUACUCUGUCUCCCCCUCGAACUGAAAAUAGAUUGUUUCGCACCUUAUCCUGUGUCUCAUUGGAUCAGCAGCAACCCCUUUCAAAAAACCCUGAGAUUGUACCCUUACAGGGUAUAUUUUUCCACGACAAAAUCGAGGACCAUAUAGGUAUCAUAGAAUACGCCGAAUAUUUUCGUUUUAUGUGAAAAUAACUCCAGCAGCACACAUUUUUCAAUAGAUAUAAUUUUUUUUAUCAGAAUGAUUGAAGAGGUUGCAGGGGGUGUAUUUUUCCGUGACAAAAUCGAGGACCAUAUAGGUAUCAUAGAAUACGCCGAAUACUUUCUUUUUGUGUGAAAAUAACCCCAGCAGCACACAUUUUUCAAAAGAUAUGAUUCUUUUAUCAAAAUGAUGGAAGGAGUUACAGGGACUGUUGUUGAAAACGUUGAAAACUUUCGUUUCAUGUGAAAAUUUCCAUGGCUGGCCAUGAAAUUAUUGUUAUAAAAGACAAAUUUUCAUGGCUAGCAAUGAAUUUUAACGACCAAUGGUGGCUUGGCGCACUCUUUUCCGUUAAUGGUAAAUUCCCCCAAUUCGUGGCUGAAACCCAUGGCUGCCUUCACACUGGUUAUUUACAUGCUGUUCUGUACUAUUCUAUUAUUGUUCGUCCGUUUAAUUAGAGUUUUGCAAGCAGUUAUUUGGUUAUUAUCAUUUUAUCAUUACUGUGAAGGUCUCAGAAAAUAAAUACAAUGACUGAAGCCGGAUUUGUCAUGGCACAAUCUGACAAUUUGCCGAGAAUAGAUGUCUUCAUGAUGACAAGUUUUUUCGCAAAUCAUCCCGAUUUCACUUCAGCUGAGAUUAGAGGCGUCAAAGCUGCAAGGUCCGAAAGAUAUUCUUAUGGCGAUUCAGCUAUUGGAUAUGUUCAAGUAAAUAGGGAAGCAAACACAUGUAUAGUGAAAGCUCGUAUUACUCCCGAACAUAAUGUGAAACAGAAGUGUUACUCUGUAACAGCUGUAUGUGAUGAAGCUGAACAGAGAAUUGUUUCUGCAGAAUGUGAAGAUUGCGCAGCACAUUUAGGUACAUAUAAUUGAUUGGUAAAGUAUUAUUCAGAGGGCACGAAUGAGUAUUAACACAAGUUGCAACUUACACAUUUUGUUUCAUAAAAAUAAGAGUCUGAUUUCAAAAUGUGAUCAUG